GUACCAAUGAAGAAAAAAGAAACACGCGUAGUCAACCACUCACUGCAGGAGACUGAAGGAUGUUAUACUGCCCUGGAUACAAAUCAUCAUUGUAGGAAUAUUGACCAAACAUAAAUUUGUUGAAUCUCAACGGCAAAGAUUGGAUCAUCUUUCGGACUGUAAAACUUUGUUAAAGUUUUCGUCCACAUGUUUCAGCGCUUGUUUUACCAGAGAGUGUCUGAAGACUCAAGGAACUAGUAAUGGACCAGAACCUGUUUGGAGGGGCCCCCAGGUUUCUCACGCGGCCCAAGGCCUUCGCAGUGUGCGUGGGAAAGGAUGCCACCUUGAGCUGCACCAUCGUGGGCAACCCCACCCCUCUGAUUACCUGGGAAAAGGAGAAGCUACGUCUGACCUCUGGGGGCCGCUUCAAGAUGGUGGAUGAUGGUGACGUCUACCGCCUCACCAUCUACGAUCUAACCCUGGAGGACAGCGGCCAGUACAUGUGCCGGGCCAAAAACAAUGUUGGGGAAGCAUAUGCAUGCGUAACCCUUCACGUAGGCCUUCCACAGGAGAUGGUGGAGAGGGCCCCCGUCUUCAUGGUCAAGCCUACCUCCGCACGCGUAGGCCUGGGGGGCGACGUGGUCUUCCACUGUCGGGUUGCGGCUUACCCAGAGCCCAAAUUUGACUGGGAGAAGGACGGGCGUUACCUGGCCGAGACGAACCGCAUCAAGGUGACAUCGGACAGUGACAGCAGCUCUCUGAGGAUCCAGAGCGUGCGCAGCCUGGACAGCGGCACAUACACUUGCCGCGCCCAGAAUUCGGUAGGCCGCUCUAACUCCGCCGCCACCUUGGUUGUAGACACCCAGGACUCCCGUCAUCUGGGCAAGGACAAGAGCACCUCCCUCCUCUCCCACCUGCAGAAACGUAAAGAAGGAAUCUCUAUCUACUGCACCGCCGAGACCAGCAGCUCCACUUACAACUCCACCACCACCUCCUCGACCGCCACCACUAUGGUCACAGACGGGCUGAGCCUUCUGGGUCUAGACCACAGCAGCGCAGCACUGGUCAGUCAUCUGCCCAAAGGCGUCUUCACCCGCACCUGCACAGUGACUGAAGGCAAGCACGCCAAACUCAGCUGCUUCGUGACGGGCCACCCCAAGCCUCACAUCAUCUGGAGGAAGGAUGGGGGGAACAUUGGCGAGGGACGCAGACAGAUCAUGUAUGAGGACCAGGCCGAGAACUUCAUCCUCAAGAUCCUGUACUGCAAACAGAGGGACAAUGGUCUGUACACCUGUAACGCCUCCAAUAUGGCCGGACACACCUACAGCGCCGUGCUGGUGAUAGUUAAAGAGCCCAAGGUGCCGUUCAGGAGGAAGCUGCAGGAUGUGGAGGUCCAGGAGAAGAUGACGGCCACACUGCUGUGUGAGGUGCCCAUCUCCACCACCCAGGCCAGCUGGUUCAUGGAGGAGACGCGACUAGAGGACUGCUCCAAGUACCGAAUGGAGGAGGAGGGCACCAUGCGGCGCCUCACCAUCCACAACGUCACCACCAAUGAUGAUGCCGUCUACAUCUGCGAGAUGAAGGAGGGGAGCCGCACCGUGGCCGAGCUCACUGUGCUUGGCAACAUCACUAAGAAGCUGCCCAGGAGGACUGUAGUGCCAGUGAGUGAUACAGUGAUCUUCUGCGUUGAGCUGGAGCACCCCUGUUCUGACGCCUACUGGACACGCAAUGCCGAGCGUCUGAAGCCGGACACACGCAUAUUAAUUGCAUGCACCCUCAGGCAGUACACUUUAACCAUCAGCCACUGCCAAGCUGACGACUCAGGAGAGGUGGCCUUCAUGGCUGGAGACUGCAAGACCUCCACAAGAUUCUCUGUCACAGCUGCCAGAAAGCAUCCUCCUGAUCCCCCCAUCGAUGUGGUGGUGCGCAACAAGACCGACUCAUCCAUCACCCUCCACUGGUCCCCCCCAGACAGUGACCGCCCUGUACCCAUCAAGGGGUACAUGGUAGAGAGGAGGAAGGUGGGUGCCCAGACCUGGCAGAGGUGCAAUGGCAUGGAGAUUAGCCCCUUUACCGAGAUCACAAUCCAGAACUUCACAGAGGAGGCCAGCUACCAGUUCCGCAUUUCUGCAGUCAACAACUAUGGCCAGAGCCAAUACCUGGAGGUGCCCGGGACCUUCUACCUUGAGCCCAGUGCAGAGGUGAAAACAGGCCUGAUGAACAGCACAGCCAUCUCAGGUGAGGAGGCCUCACUCUCCGUGGAUCUGUCUGCCGUGUGCUCUGGCUUCUGGUCUAUCAACGGACGCCUCCUGCGUAGUGGUGGUGACUACCUCAUCACCCGCCAAAAGACCACACACACGCUGAUGAUCCGGACGGUCUUGAUGGAGAUGAACGGAGCCGUGGUAAAAUUUGUGGGCGGUGGCUCUGAGAGCACUUGUAUACUCAAAGUGAAGGCUCCACCUAUCCGGUUCACCAGUAAGUCUGCUCACACUGAGGUGGUGACCUGCAGCGCCCAGUCCUCCGCCCAGCUGACCACAGAGGUGUCUGAUUACCAUGCCCAGGUGGUCUGGAUGAAGAAUGGACGGGAGCUGAAGAUGGGCAAGAAGUAUGAGUGCAUAACCACUGACCACAAGAGGAUCCUGAUGGUACACAAUGUCACUGAAGAGGACACGGGAAUCUAUGAGUGUGUCCUAAACGAAGACAGAAUGUCCCUGAAGCUUUCUCUAAAAGAUGAAGCAAAAUUCCUGAACAAGCCCAGGGGUCCCAUGGGGGUGGCACCUGCCCUCAGUGGGCACCUUGAGUUGAACUGUGAGGUAUCGUCUGCCAGCGGGGUGGUGGUGUGGAGGAAGGAUCAGACAGUGGUCAUUGAGGACCAAAGAACUACCAUUGUCUCCAAAGGGACACAGAGGAGACUGGUCAUCAAGAACGCCAAGAAGAGUGACGAGGGACACUAUUCCUGCGAGACAGCGGAAGACAAAGUCACAUUCCAGGUCAAGAUAAAAGAAGUUCAACAGGCUGCCUUCACCAAUAAGGACUCUGUACAGAAGGAAGUGAGAGCUACUCUCUCCCAGAAAGCCACUCUGAGCUGUGAGGUGUCAGAUACCAAGACAGAGGUGAAAUGGUACAAGGAUGGCAAACAGAUCAUUGCAAGUAAAACAGUCUCCAUGGAGACAAAGGGCAAGAGUCGUCUGUUGGUAAUAGACAAAAUGGAGAAAAAGGAUGCUGGAGAGUACACCUGUGAAGCUAGAGCAGAGAAGCUGGUCUUUAAAAUACAUGUGUCAGAAGCCCAACAGGCUGCCUUCACCAACAAGGACUCUGUACAGAAGGAGGUGAAAGCUAUUCUCUCCCAGAAAGCCACUCUGAGCUGUGAGGUAUCUGACACCAAGACGGAGGUGAAAUGGUACAAGGAUGGCAAACUGCUGACUUCCAGUAAGACAGUGUCCAUGGAGACAAAGGGCAAGACUCGUCAGCUGGUGAUAGAGAAGGUGGAGAAGAAGGAUGCUGGACAGUACACCUGUGAGGUUGGAGCAGAGAAACUGGUCUAUGAGAUACAGGUGACAGAAGCCCAGGCUGCCUUCACCAAUAAGGACUCUGUACAGAAGGAGGUGAAAGCUGCUCUCUCCCAGAAAGCCACUCUGAGCUGUGAGGUGUCUGACACCAAGACGGAGGUGAAAUGGUACAAGGAUGGUAAGCUGCUGACUUCCAGUAAGACAGUCUCCAUGGAGACAAAGGGCAAGACUCGUCAGCUGGUGAUAGAGAAGGUGGAGAAGAAGGAUGCUGGACAGUACACCUGUGAGGUUGGAGCAGAGAAACUGGUCUUUAAGAUACAGGUGACAGAAACUCAAGCCGCUUUCACCAAUAAGGACUCUGUACAGAAGGAGGUGAGAGCUAUUCUCUCCCAGAAAGCCACUCUGAGCUGUGAUGUGUCAGAUACCAAGACGGAGGUGAAAUGGUACAAGGAUGGUAAGCUGCUGACUUCCAGUAAGACAGUCUCCAUGGAGACAAAGGGCAAGACUCGUCAGCUGGUGAUAGAGAAGGUGGAGAAGAAGGAUGCUGGACAGUACACCUGUGAGUUUGGCGCAGAGAAGCUGGCCUUUAAGAUACAGGUGACAGAGGUCCAGGCUGCCUUCACCAAUAAGGACUCUGUACAGAAGGAGGUGAGAGCUAUUCUCUCCCAGAAAGCCACUCUGAGCUGUGAGGUGUCAGAUACCAAGACGGAGGUGAAAUGGUACAAGGAUGGUAAGCUGCUGACUUCCAGUAAGACAGUCUCCAUGGAGACAAAGGGCAAGACUCGUCAGCUGGUGAUAGAGAAGGUGGAGAAGAAGGAUGCUGGACAGUACACCUGUGAGGUUGGAGCAGAGAAACUGGUCUUUAAGAUACAGGUGACAGAGAUUCAAGCUGCUUUCACCAACAAGGAGUCUGUAAAGAAGGAGGUGAAAGCUGCUCUCUCCCAGAAAACCACUCUGAGCUGUGAGGUAUCUGACACCAAGACGGAGGUGAAAUGGUACAAGGAUGGUAAGCUGCUGACUUCCAGUAAGACAGUCUCCAUGGAGACAAAGGGCAAGACUCGUCAGCUGGUGAUAGAGAAGGUGGAGAAGAAGGAUGCUGGACAGUACACCUGUGAGGUUGGAGCAGAGAAACUGGUCUAUAAGAUACAGGUGACAGAAUCCUCUGCCAAGUUUAAAAAGUCUGCCGUGAAGGAUGUAUGCAGUGUUCAAGCAAGUGAGAAGAUUGUUUUGACCACUGAGCUGACUUCGGAGAGUGCCAGUGUUAAGUGGUUCAGGGAUGGAGUAGAGUUGAAGGAGGGCACUAAAUAUGAGAUGAAGAGAGAGGGACAUUCUCGUACCCUGAUUGUGAAGUCCACCGAAGUCAAAGACAGUGGCACCUACUCUUGCCACACUGAUGAUGACAAGCUUGAGUUCAAAGUUCAAGUCAAACAUACACCGCUGAAGUUUGUGGUGCAGUUGCAGCCUGUAGCCACAGAGCUGGGUGUUACGCUGAACCUGACCUGUGAACUGAACCAAGCCUCAGGGGACGUACUCUGGCGCCACAACAGUCGUGAGGUCAAACCCGGUGGCAGGUUCUGUGUCAGCGCUGACGGUGCCAAGCGGGUCCUUACCGUAACAGGAAUGACCAAAGAGGAUGAGGGAGAGUACAUCUGUGAAUGCAAAGAUGAUAAGACCUCUGCCAAGGUCUCCACCAACGCCCCCAGACUGGUGAAUCUGACUUCCAAGCUGAGCAGCAUCGCUGCAGUGGAGGGGAAAGAUGUCAUCUUCAAGUGUAGUGUCACCCCAGCAGACGUCAAAGUAAAAUGGUUCCGCAACAACGUGCCAAUCACAGCUGGGCCCAAGUAUAAGAUUGAGCACAGGGCCACCAGCCACUCCCUCACCAUCACGUCAGUCAGUCAGGAGGAUGCUGGGGAGAUCAGCAUGGCAGCUGAGGGCAAAACCUGCAGCGCCACCCUCCAAGUGCAACUGGAGCCGGUGAUGUUCAAGAAGAAGCUGCAGAACGUGACGACGGUAGAGGAUCAGAAGGGAGUGAAGCUGGAGGUGGAGCUUAGUAGACCCUCUAAAGAGGUCAGGUGGAUGAAGAACAGCGUGGUGCUGCAGCCCGGAGACAACAUGGACAUCAGGGUGGACGGGGCCAAGCAGACCCUGGUCUUCAAGAGUGUGACUACCGCUGACCGCGGCUACUACUCCUGUGAAACUCUGGAUGACAAGACCCAGGCCAAACUCACUGUGGAUGUGCAGAAGAUUGAGGUGGUGAAGGGCCUGCUGGCCGAGGUCAAGGCCAAUGAGAAGGAGACAGUGACCCUAGAGGUGGAGCUCAGUCAAGCUGAUGUGGAGGGUUCCUGGACCAAGAGCGGAGCCAAGCUCAAGGCAGGGUCCAACUGUCGCAUCACGGCCCUUGGAAAGAAGCAUGCCCUUACACUGUCCCAACUCAAGAUGGAGGACGCAGGAACGAUUGUCUUCCAAGCGGAAGGGGUCAAGUCUUCUGGCAAGCUCAUUGUUGCAGAACCUGCUGCCAUGAUCUCUAGGCCCAUGAAGGAUGUCAAAGCUCCAGAGAAGGAGAAGGCAACACUUGAGUGUGAGGUGUCCAGAACCAAUGCUGAGGUCAAGUGGUUCAAGGGUGAUACGGAACUAAAACCAGGAAAGAACUUUGGCAUCCACUCCCAGGGUCGCACACGUAGCCUCCUCAUCCAUAAAUGUUCCAAAGAGGAUGAGGGCACAUACGUUUGUCGAACGUCUGACGACAAUACAUCAGCCAAACUCACUGUACAUGCCCGAGACAUUAAGAUAGUGAAGAAGUUGGAGGAUGUGGAGGUGAUGGAGAAGGAGAGUGCGUCAUUCCUGUGUGAGAUCUCUCACGAUGAAGUGGCCUGCCAGUGGUUCAAAGGAGACACCAAACUCAAAGUCGGUGACAACAUCAAGAUGAGACAAGAGGGUAAAAUCUAUGUGCUGCUGAUUAAGUCGGUGACACCAGAAGACGUGGCGGAGAUUAAAUUCACAGCUGAAAAGGCCUCUUCAACGGCCAAACUGACAGUGAAAGGCAAAGCCCAAUCUGUGUCACGGGAGCUGCAGAGCGUCAGCGUUGUCUCAGGGGAGGAUGCUGUGUUCACCUGUGAGGUCACACAGAACAGCGCCACCGUCCAGUGGGCCAAGGAUGGGAAGGACAUCAGGAAGAGUGAGAAGUAUAACAUCAGCAAAGAGGAGAGGGUCAUGAAGUUGACCGUCCGCAGCGUCACUGUCCAGGACUCUGGAGAAUAUAGUUGUGAGGUCAUCGGAGGAGCCACUACCAAGGCCAAGCUGGUGAUCAAAGAGCCAGUCCACAAGUUCACCAAGGAGCUGAAGGACAGUGAGGCGGAAGAAAAGGGCUCAGUGACCCUACAGUGUGAGACGGCCCAGCCUGCCUCCAAGGCCACCUGGUCCAAGGGAGGCAUUGAGCUCAAGGCCGGGGGACGCUGCGAGAUGACCCAAAAGGAGACCGUUCUCACACUUACCAUUAAACAGCUGGAGGAGAAAGACAGCGGAACUUACACCUGUGACGUGGGCACCGCCAAGAUGACGGCUAAGGUGACAGUCAAAGCCUUGCCUGCCAGCUUUAAACAGAAGCUUAAGAACCAGCAAGCCACGGAAGGAGAGAAUGCUACUCUCUGCUGUGUGUUAGCCAAACCUGGAGCCACGGUUCAGUGGAAGAAAGGCACUGAGAAUCUCAAAGCUGGAAACAAAUAUGAGAUUAAGCAAAAAGAUGCCGGCUGUGAGCUUCAGAUAAAACAUCUGAAGGUUGAAGACAGUGGAGAGUACUCUUGUGAGUGUGGAGAUCAGAGGACCACAGCGACUAUAAAAGUCAAUGCGUUACCUGUGACCUACAAACACAAGCUGGAAAGCCAGGAGGCUGGGGAAGGGGGCAGUGUUACCCUGCACUGUGAGCUCUCUAAACCUGGAGUCCCUGUAGAAUGGAGGAAGGGAACACAGGUGCUGAAGUCUGGAGAAAAGUACCAGAUGAAGCAGAAAGAAUCUGUGAGUGAACUCCUAAUCAGCAAAGUAGUACCCGAGGACAGUGGAGACUACAGCUGUGUGUGUGGAGACCAGAAGACUACAGCCAGUCUCAAGAUUAAGGCCCAACCUGUUACAUUCAAACACAAACUGGAGAGCCAGAAGGCUGAGGAGGGGGGCAGUGUUACCCUGCACUGUGAGCUCUCUAAACCUGGAGUCCCUGUAGAAUGGAGGAAGGGAACACAGGUGCUGAAGUCUGGAGAAAAGUACCAGAUGAAGCAGAAAGAAUCUGUGAGUGAACUCCUAAUCAGCAAAGUAGUACCUGAGGACAGUGGAGACUACAGCUGUGUGUGUGGAGACCAGAAGACUACAGCCAGUCUCAAGAUUAAGGCCCAACCUGUGACCUUCAAACAGAAGCUGGAGAGCCAGAAGGCUGAGGAGGGGGGCAGUGUUACCCUGCACUGUGAGCUCUCUAAACCUGGAGUCCCUGUAGAAUGGAGGAAGGGAACACAGGUGCUGAAGUCUGGAGAAAAGUACCAGAUGAAGCAGAAAGAAUCUGUGAGUGAACUCCUGAUCAGCAAAGUAGUUACCGAGGACAGUGGAGACUACAGCUGUGUGUGUGGAGACCAGAAGACUACAGCCAGUCUCAAGAUUAAGGCCCAACCUGUGACCUUCAAACAGAAGCUGGAGAGCCAGAAGGCUGAGGAGGGGGGCAGUGUUACCCUGCACUGUGAGCUCUCUAAACCUGGAGUCCCUGUAGAAUGGAGGAAGGGAACACAGGUGCUGAAGUCUGGAGAAAAGUACCAGAUGAAGCAGAAAGAAUCUGUGAGUGAACUCCUAAUCAGCAAAGUAGUACCCGAGGACAGUGGAGACUACAGCUGUGUGUGUGGAGACCAGAAGACGACAUCCAGUCUCAAGAUUAAGGCCCAACCUGUGACCUUCAAAUAUAAACUGCAGAGGCAGGAGGCUGAGGAAGGGGGCAGUGUUACCCUGCACUGUGAGCUCUCUAAACCUGGAGUCCCUGUAGAAUGGAGGAAGGGAACACAGGUGCUGAAGUCUGGAGAAAAGUACCAGAUGAAGCAGAAAGAAUCUGUGAGUGAACUCCUGAUCAGCAAAGUAGUACCUGAGGACAGUGGAGACUACAGCUGUGUGUGUGGAGACCAGAAGACUACAUCCAGUCUCAAGAUUAAGGCUCUGAAGUAUUCAGCUCCUCCAGUAACUCCCAAACAGGAGGAGCCCCAGAAGGAGAAGGCCAAAAAGGAAGAAGCUCCUCCAGUCACUCACAAACAACAGGAGACCCAGAAGCAGCAGGAGACCAAAGAGGCCCAGAAAGAGACAGUAGAAAGGAAGACAGUAGUAGAAGCCCAUGUCUUGGAGCCCGCGACCCCUAUUGCUCCUGCCACCCCCAAAACGGAGCCCCAGAAGGAGACAUUAGAGAAGAAGACCGUAGUAGAAGCCUCUGGUAGGAAAGCCUUUAAGCCUGCUGCUCCUGCCACCCCCAAACCGGAGCUCCAGAAGGAGGAGACCGUAGAAAAUAAGACUGUUGCAGAUGCUCAGGCCGUGAAGCCUCCUGCCGCCCCCAAAUUGGAACCCAGGAAGGAGACAGUAGAGACGAAGACAGUAGUAGGAGCCGCUGCUCUUCCAGCCACAUUCAAACACGAUCUUGAGAGCCAGGAGGUUGAGGAGGGGGGCAGUGUUACCCUGCACUGUGAGCUCUCUAAACCUGGGCUCCCUGUAGAAUGGAAGAAGGGAACACAGGUUCUAAAGUCUGGAGACAAGUACCAGAUGAAGCAGAAAGAUUGCAGUGUGAAACUACAAAUCUGUGAUUUGAAACCUGAAGACACAGGAAACUACCACUGCAGCACUGGAGACCUAGAGAGCUCAGCAUACCUGAAAGUCAAUGCUCUCCCAGUCAUAUUCACCAAAGAUCUGCAGAGCCAGGAGGCUGAGGAAGGGGGCAGUGUUACCCUGCACUGUGAGGUAUCUAAACCUGGAGUCCCUGUAGAAUGGACGAAGGGGGAGGUGGGUCUCUGCCCCUGUGCCAAGUAUGAAAUCGUCCAGGAAGGGCACAGCGCCAGACUAGUCAUCCACAGCUUAGACUCUGAAGACUCAGGCAGCUAUACUUGUGACAGUGGCGACCGGAAAACCACAGCAAAACUUUCUGUGAAGGGUAGGCUGAGAGAAAACUCUUCUGGUUUUAGCUGUGUAUGCUGUCGGGAAAGAAAAUCAAACUUUCCCACAUGUAUUAUACAUAUUUUGUGGUUUGGAGGCACAAUUCUGCCCUCUAAAAGUUUCUCUAUCACACCUCUCCCAACCUACAUCAUUCCUACCCCCCUCUUGCUUUCCACAGCCCUGCCUGUUUACUUCAAAACCCGACUACAGAAUCUAGAGUGGGACGCAGGUGAGAUCGCCAUCCUCCGCUGUGAGAUCACAAAUCCUGGGGCCAGCGUUGUCUGGAGCCGGGGCGACAGGGUCUUGGAGUCUAACAACAAGUAUCAGCUGAAACAGGAAGGUGCCAUAGUGAAGCUUAUCAUCUAUAACCUACAAGGGGCUGACUCUGGGGAGUAUAUCUGUGACACGGGUUACCAGAAGACCUCAUCCAUGCUCACUGUACAGGAGCUGGAGGUGACCAUAGUGAAGGUCUUGAACAGCUGCUCGGUGCGCGAGGGGGAGGACGUUCACUUUGAGUGCCAUCUGUCCCACGAGGAUGCCAAGGGGAUCCAGUGGAAGCUUGCGGACGUCCCUCUGCAGAACAAUGAAAUGAAUCUGAUCCGCAGCCAAGGCAAGGUGCACAGCCUCACCCUCAGGGGGGUCACCCAGGCCGACUCGGCCACAGUCGCUUUCACCGUGGGCCACCAUACCUCCACCGCCAGCCUGACCGUCCGAGGGGCUCCUGUGGUGUUCAAGAAGGAGCUAGAGAGCCAGGAAGCAGUUGAGGGGGGCAGUGUCUCCCUGACCUGUGAGAUCAGUGCUGAGGGCAAGGUGACAUGGAGAAGGGGCUCCGUGCUCCUCACCCAGGGGGAGAAGUAUUCCAUGGAGCACACAGGUUCUACCUACAUCCUGAUGGUUCACAAGCUGAAGGUCGAGGAUGCUGGAGAGUACACCUGCGAUACCGGGGAUAAGCAGAGCACGGCCACCCUGACAGUCAAAGAGUCUGUACGCAUCACUCGGGAGCUGCACGACAUCACAGUGACCACCGGGCAGGAUGCUGUCUUUGCGUGUGAGUUGUCCCAGGAGGGCGUGACCAACGGAGAGUGGUGGCUAGGGGAUAACCUCCUCCAGAACAACGACCUGAACCAGAUUACCUUCCAGGGCCGGGUGCACCGGCUGACACUGCAGAUGGUCACCACUGAUGAGUCAGGGGACGUGGCGUUUGUGGUGGGCGAAGAGAAGACCGUCGCCUGCCUACUGGUGGAAGAGAAGCCCAAAGUGUUAAUCCUAGAGAAGCCUCAUGACACAGUGGCCCUGGAGGGUGAGACAGUCACCCUGUCCUGCACCGUCUCCGACCCCACGGCCACUAUCACCUGGAGCAGGAAUGAUGUUGCCAUCAAAGCAGGCCUCAAGUACGAUCUGCGGAAGAAUGGAGCUCUCAUGCAGCUCCGUAUCCACAACCUGGAGAUGGAGGACUCUGGAACUUACUGCUGUGAUACCGGGGAUGCACAGUGCACCGUCACAUUGACUGUGGAAGGUGCCCCGGCAUUCUUCCUGAAGGAGCUGAAGAACAAGGAAGCCCAGGAAGGCGACGAUAUCACUCUGCGUUGUGAGCUCUCCAAGGCGUGCACUCAAGUGGAGUGGAGGAAGGGAGGCAUGGUCCUCCAGGCUGGUAAGAAGUAUGAGAUGAGGCAGGAGGGCUGCGUUCAGGAGCUCCGCAUUCGUAACCUGGAGCCAGACGACAAUGGAUACUACACCUGCGACGCUGGAGACCAGCUCACCACGGCGUCGGUGGCAGUGCAAGAGGCAGAAGUCCUCAUAGUGUGUGGUCUAAAGAGCACCGAUGUCUUUUUGGGCGAGUGGGCCACCUUCUCCUGCCAGCUGUCCCGCGGUGUGAGGCCCGGGGAGGUGCAGUGGUGGCUGGACGGGACCCUUCUCCAGGACAGCCCCUCCAGCGAGAUAGGGCUGAGCCAGGGCCACGUCCACACCCUCACCCUAAAGGACCUGGCCCCAGACGCCUCUGGCACCGUCACGUUCAAAGCCUGCAGCCUGGUGUCCUACGCCAAGCUCUUAGUUAAAGACCCCACAGUAGAGGUGGUGAGCGAGAUGCAGGACCUGCGGGUGGCUGAGGACAAGCCGGCUGAGUUCAUCUGCCAGUACUCCCGGCCGGUCCAGGCCCAGUGGAAGAGAGACGGUCGGCCAUUGCAGCCUGACGGCCAGAGGGUGGUAGUGGAGCAGGACUGGACCGUGGCUCGCUUGUACAUUAGCCACGUGUCCACUGAGGACAGGGGGAGAUACUCCUGUGAGGCAGAGGGGACCUGUGUGGUUGCCUUACUGGAGGUGGAAGCCAAACCCAUUGAAAUCCUACAAGGCUUGGAGAACAUGGACACCAUUGACGGCGGGGAGGCCCUAUUCGAGUGCUCCAUCUCUCGUUGCGAGAUCAAAGACUGCCGCUGGCUGAUCGGGGGCAAGCCGGUGAAGGAGUCGCCCACCACGGAGAUCGUGUCCUUCGAAAGUGGACGCCGCCACCUCUUGCUGCUCAAGGAUCUGCACGUUGGAGACAGCUGCAAAGUUACUUUCCAAGCGGGCACCGCAACAACCUCCGCCAUGCUCAACGUCAAAGGCUGGCAGCUGGAUGUGGUGAGUGGUCUGGAGGAUAAGGUAGCUGUGGUGGGAGAGACUCUAGAGUUCAGCUGCAUGCUGACUGAGCCUGUGCCUGAGGCGGAGGUAGCCUGGUACUCUAAUGGAGCCGAGCUAAAGGCUGAUGACACCUGGGGCAUGAGGGCUGACGGCUGCUCCUACCACCUGGUGCUUAGACAGGCCCCAGCCAUGCCACCACAGGAGAUCACCUUCGCUGCCAGGGACGCCAUCUCCAUGGCCAAGCUCACCAUCAUCACUGUUCCUGACCCCCCGGAGGACCCAGAGCUGGUCAGUAAGAGUAAGCAGGCGGUGACCCUGUCUUGGUUCACACCCCUCAGCGACGGAGGCAGCCCUAUUUUGGGCUACAGGGUGGAGAUGAGGCUGGCGGACAGUGUCCUCUGGCUGCCGUGCCAUGCAGAGCCUGUGUGUAACACAGAGUUCUCUGUGGAUAACCUCAUCCCAGGGAGCGGCUACAGGUUCAGGGUGGCAGCCAUCAACAGAGCUGGGACAGGAGAACCUGUCCAGUUGCCUCAGAGCGUUCAGCUGGAGGCUCCAGUGACAGUAACACAACAGUUGGCCUGUCCAGACCUGCAGGAGGGUAAGAUGGCCCGUGUGGAGUGUGAACUCUCUGCUGAGGGAAGCUCGGUCACCUGGCUCAAAGACAACAAGGAGCUGGAGUAUGGGGUCAAGUACCAGGUCACCACAGAGGGCAAGACACAAGUGCUGCUGAUCAAAGACUUUGAGUCUGCUGACCAGGGUGUGUACACCUGUGUGGCCUCAGACGAGGCAGAAAGCUCCCUUAAUCUCAACCUACCAAAAGGUGGAGAUGGGGUUCAGUUGGAGGAGGGGGCCCAGCCCAGCCUGCCUCCUGAGGCUGCCUCCGAGGGUGACGUCCAUGCACUGUGGGAGGACCUGGCCAAGAAACGCCGCAUGAGCCGAGAGCCCACCCUUGACUCCAUCUCUGAGCUGCCUGAUGAGGAGGACAAGGAGCCCAAGACACCCAAGGGACCAGUCAAGGAAAAGAAAGCCCCGGAGAUGGUGGGGGUGAAAGCCCUGGAGAAUGAGAAAGUGGAUGUGAAAGCCCCGGAGAAGGAGAAGGUGGAGGUGAAAGCACCAGAGAAAGAGAAGGUGAAAGAAAAGGAAAAGGUCAUAGAGCAUGUCAUCGUCCCUAAGAAGAAGGUGUUGGAGCCAAACUUGUACACUAGCUCUGAGGACGAGUCCAGGCCUCCAACACUGGUUUCCUACCUGAAGAAGAGCAGCAAGUCCUCCCUCUCUGUGUGUGACCAGACAGAGUCCAUCUCCACUGAGAAGUUCUACGCACAGUUCAAGUUGAAAGAGGAGACCACAGUCCAACAGACCUCAGUCCAACAGACCUCAUCUUCAGUACAGCAGAUCACAGCACAGACCACAGACAUCACGAAGGUCGGUGAUGAGGAGGACGAAGAAAAGGGGCUGCUGGAUGCUGCUGUAAAGAUCCAGGCUGCCUUCAAGGGGUACAAAGCCCGCAAGGACAUGCGUCCAGUCUUCAAAGACGUCUUCAAGGACCAGACCAAGGAACCCAAUGGCACCAUCCACCUGGAGUGUGUGGCGGAGGGCAAGCCAGAGAAGGUGCGCUGGUUGAAGGAUGGCGAGCACCUGGCAGACGGCAAGCACCACCACAUUGACAUCUACAACGAUGGCACCUGCUCUCUGGUCAUCACCGCCGUAACCACCAAGGACACGGGCGUCUACACCUGUGAGGUCACCAACAAGUUCGGUGUGACCACCCACAGCGGCAAGGUGACGGUGGGCUCGGCGCGGGAGGCAUCUGGAAGGAGGCCCCUGACCAUGGGCUACAGUGCCGACAGCGAGGCGGAGAGCUCGUCGGCAGAAAGCGAGAUGGACGAGUCUCUGAGGCAGGCUAGCAAACGGCUUCGCCGCCUCCUCCGCACACGCCUGCCGGCCACGUCGGAGGAGGAGUCGUUCGUCAGCUGUGAUGAUGAGGCUGAGCUGCAGGCCCCCGACCCCAAAUCGUACCGCGAGGACGAGCGAUACAUCUACAUCCGCUUCGACAAGCGGUCUGAGGCCCAGGUGGCGUCUCAGCGCUUCAAGGAGAUGUUCACGGCCCAGGGGGUCCCUGUGGAGACCACCAUCCAGGAGGCUGGACCUCUCAAAGUGGAGCUGCGCAUCAUGAAGAUGGGAUACACUCAAGAUGGCUCUGCAACACCCACACAGGAGAAGCAGCUGCCUGCGUUCAUGACAGGAGCCCCCGCGGCCCCAGUCUUCCUGACUGAACUCCAGAGCCAGGACGUGCCAGACGGUUACCCGGUCAGCUUUGACUGCGUGGUGAUCGGGAAGCCUCCACCCAGUGUGCGUUGGUUCAAGGAUGGUAAGCUGCUGGAGGAGAACGACCACUACAUGAUCAACGAGGACCAGGAGGGCUGCCACCAGCUCAUCAUCACCACCGUGCUGCCCUCUGACAUGGGCGUCUACCGCUGUAUGGCUGAGAACACCAGCGGCAUCGCUGCCACCAAGGCUGAGCUAAGGGUCGACAUGUCUUGCAGCUCAGACUACGAUACUGCAGCUGAUGCCACUGAGACAGGCUCCUAUAUCAGUGCCAAGGGUUACAUGUCUAGGGAAACGGAAGCCUUUGAGUCUGUGGUAGAGGAUGAGCAGAUGCCACAAGUACUGGAUGAGCUCCAUGAUGUGCACGUCAGCCCAGGCUCACCCAUCGCUAAGAUGCAGCUGAAAGUCAAAGGGUUCCCUAGUCCAAGGGUGUACUGGUUCAAGGACGGCCACCCGCUGCGUUCCUCAGACAGGAUCCUGCUGCUGGACAAGAGAGACAUCCACAGCCUGGAAGUCCUGGAGGUGAAGAGGGAGGACACAGGAGAGUACUCUGCCUACAUCAGCAACGCUGCUGGAACAGCAUACUCCUCUGCUAGGCUGCUGGUUCUGGGUCCAGGAGAGCUCACGCCUGUAGAGAAGCACGAUCCCAAGGUGCCUCUGGUGCCGCCCCGCUUCCUAGAGAGGUUCAGCAACAGGAAGGUGAAACAGGGAGCCAGCGUCACCAUGUCUGUCAGAGUGGAAGGUUCUCCCACCCCCAUGGUGACUUGGCUGAAAGAGGAGUCUGCUGAGGACGUGUUGUGGAUCAAGCCAGACACUAAGGGUUACAAGGUGGCCAGCUCUGGGCGCCAACACAGUCUCAUCCUGAUGGAUGUGGGCUCUAAGCAUGCAGGCACAUACACCUGCAUCGCCACCAACAAGGCCGGACAGUCCAUUUGCACUGCCCAAUUUGAGGUGGAGGAUGCACCACAACCAAAGGAAGAGACCACAAUCCCUCUGGGGAUUACUAUCAGCCCUCCAGACGAAGAUGUUGGCAGAGGAAAAAUGCAGUAUCUAGGUGAAGUUGGAUCAGAAGAGUUCCUUAUGAAGCUCACCUCCCAGAUCACAGAAAUGGUAUCUGCCAAGAUCAGCCAAGCCUCACUACGUGUCCCGGGAGGCGAUAGUGACGACGAGACCAAGACACCCUCCGCCUCACCACACCACGGUCGCUCUCGCCCCGGCUCCAUUCUCGCUGACUCCUCCUCUGAGUCUGACGACCCUGAUGCCAGGGGAGAGAUGUUUGACAUCUAUGUGGCUACGGCUGACUACAACCCCACCAUCCCCAACAAAGAUACCAUUUCCCUGAAGGAGGGCCAGUAUGUUGAGGUUCUGGACUCAGCACAUCCACUGAAAUGGCUGGUCCGGACCAAACCCACCAAAACCACUCCAUCCCGCCAAGGCUGGGUCUCACCUGCCUACCUGGAUAAAAAACUCAAGCUGUCUGAUGUUGCUGGUGACAUCCCAGAGGGAGGUGGAGAAGAGGUCUCAGAAGGAGAAUACAAGAAGAGACUACUCCAACUGAUUCAAGACAUGAUCAACAGCGAGGCAGAGUUUGUCAAAGAGAUGGACUUCUUCACCUCCCACCACGUCAAGCAAGUGGAGAGCCCUGACGCCCCAUCUGACAUCACCAGCCAGAAGGAGGCCAUAUUCAGGAACAUCAACGAGAUCAAGGCCUUCCAUAGCGAGUCCAUGCUCCCUAAGUUGAUCCACUGCGACACUGAUGAUGACGUGGCCAUGCGCUUCCUGAGGAGUAGCGAGGGCUUUGAGAAAUACCUCCAGUACCUCGUAGGCCAGCAAAAGGCAGAGGCCGCUAUCAGUGACAAGACCGUACACCGCUUCUUCAAGGAAUACACAGACAAAGAACAGGCCAGUGCCGACCCUGCUGAAGGUCCUGUACUGAGCAUCAACGCUUACCUACAGAAACCUCUGGACAGAAUCCAGAAGUACAAGGCCUUGCUCAAGGAGCUGAUCAGGAACAAGGCCAGGAACGGUCAGAACUGCUGCCUGCUGGAGGAGGCCUAUGCCAUGGUUUCAUCACUGCCUCAGCGUUCAGAGAACACACACCACGUCUCCAUGAUAGAGAACUACCCUGCCACUCUGGAUGUAUUGGGGGAGCCCAUCAGACAGGGACCCUUCAUGGUGUGGGAGGGUGCACCUGGGGUAAGGUCCUCCUCCAGAGGUCACCAUCGACACGCGUUCCUCUUCAAAAACUAUGUCAUCAUCUGCAAAUCCAAGAGAGACACCAACACAGACACCCAGGGCUACGUCUUUAAGAACAUGAUGAAGCUGAACAACAUAGAUGUGAAUGAGACAGUGGAGGGUGACGACCGGGCCUUUGAGAUCUGGCACGAGCGUGAGGACUCUGUUAGGAAGUACACGCUUCAGGCUCGCACCGUCAUCAUCAAGAACUCCUGGCUGCGAGACCUCAGGGAGCUGCAGCAGCGCUACACCAUGCCUGCCUGGAGUAUGCCUGACUUUGAUGAGCUUCUGGCUGACUGCACAGCGGAGCUGAGACAGACGGUGAAACUGGCCUGCAAGGUUACUGGAGUACCCAAACCUGUGGUCACCUGGUACAAGGACGGGCGUGCAGUGGAGGCCGACCCUCACCACAUCAUCAUCGAGGACCCUGAUGGUUCCUGCACCCUGAUCCUGGACAACAUGACGGCUGAUGACUCUGGACAGUACAUGUGCUUCGCCACUAGCACAGCAGGCAACGCCAGCACCCUGGGAAAGAUCACUGUCCAAGUGCCUCCUCGUUUCGUGAACAAGAUGAGGAAUGCUGUCUUAAUCGUUGGUGAGGAUGCUCAGUUCUCCUGCACCAUCCAGAGUGCCCCCAGACCCAAGAUCAGGUGGUUCAAGGAGGGCAGGCUGCUGACUGACCAGGAGAAGUAUCAGACCUACACUGAGUCCCGUAGUGGAGUCCUGGUGCUGGUCAUUAAAGGCCCUACGGAGAGAGACCUGGGACAUUACGAGUGUGAGUUGUCCAAUCGACUGGGCAGUGCUAAAUGUGCAGUUGAUCUGUGCCUUCCUUCUGCUGUGGCUAGAAGAGGAGAGCAGGCGAUCACCAUCGAAGUCACUGAGCAGGAGACUAAAACACCAAAGAAAACCAUCAUCAUAGAGGAGACCAUAACUACGGUGGUGAAGAACACCCGUAUGAAGCGUCGCGGCGUGUCUCCAUCUGGGUUCAACCGCUCCGAAACCACCACCCCAGAUCUCCCCACCACCCCCACCGGCACGGCCAGGCAGAGGAGGCAGGUUUCUGCCAGCAGGAAGACCACUAUCCCCACCCUGUACGUCACGGAGCCCGAGGGGGGUUCUGGGGCCCGGGCCGCAGAGAACAGGUGGGUGGAGGUAGAGGAAAUCAUUGAGUACAAGGUCAACAAGUCGCCCAGGCUAUCCAGGAGAAGAGGGGUCUCCCCAGCUGGGUCGGAGCGAGCGAACACCCCCUCCUUCACCCGGCCACAGAGGUCCCCGAACCCCAACACCAACAAUUCCAACAACAAGCUGGUAGAGCUGCAGAACUGCUCCGAGCUGGAGGGGGCUCAGCCUAUAACCUGGGAUGAUGAUGAGGAGGAUGAGAACGUGGCUGGGUCCGAGGUCACCCCUGGACUCAGUGAAGAGGCCUGCGAGGUCUCCUCUGUUCUAAUCCCUAACGACCAUGAACAUGAUGAGGCCUGGCUAGAGGAGCAGCAAGAGGCCUUUGUCACAGAACCGGAUGAUGACGAUAACAUGGAACCUCCCAGGAAGCUGGAGCCUAAGACCCUGACCCAGGACGGUCGCGUUCUCACCCUGGAGGACCUGGAGGACUAUGUUCCCAGGGAGGGGGAGACCUACGGCUCCUCCAACACCAGGCCCUCCCCUCCCGAGAGACCCUGUGAGAUCUCUGUGCUUCAGAGGGAGAUUCGGGGCUCUGUCGUGGGCCAGCCAGUGCUGCUCAAUGUGGGGAGGCCUGUGGUGGUGCCCAGGGGGAGGCGCAGCCCUGGCUUCUUCAGCCGCUUUAGAGAGUACCUCUCAGGCAGCAUGUUCUCCCUGGCUGGCCCCCACCACCACCCCAGCAGAGGCCAGUCUAGAAGUGAGAGCGAGAUUCCCAUCCAGGUCAGCCACGCCAAGCAAGAAGUCAAGCUUGCAUACUGCUCUGAGGUGCAGAGAAUGGAGGGAGGGCAGCAGAGAUACAAAACCAAAGUCUACACGUCAGUGGGCAAGCCAGUCACUCUUCAGAUCAGCCAGAACCGAUAUCAAAACCAAUAACCUAGUGUGUGAAAAUCAGUUGCUGGAUUAGAACCAAGCAGGUUUUUGUUAAUUGGUGAUACGUACAAUAGCCGUUUUAGUCUUAAAUGGGAACAUUACUACUUAAGUGUUAAAAAGCAUAUUCUAACCUUGCAUUUUAUUGCAAAUGGGAGGAUCAUUCCAUUUUGAAGCAACCCAUCUGAAAGUCAAAUGCAGACACAGGAAGUCAGUUGUUUUGGUCAGACAAAGUCGUUUUUAAAGGACAAAACAUCAAAAGGGGGUUGGAUAUGUUUAGGCUAAAUGAUUUCCGAACGCCAUUGUAUACUAUCCAGGCUUCAAUUUAUUGUUGCCUUGCUUGCCACGUAUUUGAUGUACAGAAAAAUACAGAAUAAUUGCAAGUCGUGCAACAUGGACUGACACCAUUUGAAAGUUUAAAAAAUCCAUCUGCUUUACCCUCAGGUGACAGAUGUUUUGAAUGUCAACAUCUUGAUGUUAAACUUCUGUUCUGUAGGAGAACAUCAGUACAGUACCAUAUUUCUCUCUGUGUGUUGUCUCUGAAGUUUAUUGAACAAGAAAUAUCCACCUUGACUUGUAGCAUAUCAGUUUGUAAAUAGGCUAACCAACUCCUGUGAAAGGAAAAAUGUUUGUCUCGACAGUAACUUACCAAACCAAUGACUUCAGCAACAAAAGGGAAGUCUGAUUUGAAAUGUUAUGAGGAAGGGGUAAUUCUGGGAUAAUAUUAUCCAACAUAAAAACAUUGACAAGAUUGCUAGAAAUACAAAAUAAGUAUAAAAGAGCAUUGAUUACUGACAUUGUUGGAUUGUGUGAAACAUUGACGAUGUUCUUUCAACUGCAGUCACUGUCUGCUUGAGAAUACAAGAAAGCCAGAUUAAAGACUAAUUCAUGGAUCAUUUAAUUGUACUUCAGAUUGGGCUGUACUGUCCUAUGGAGAAGUCUAGAAUUUUCUAAGCAAUUCUAGAUGGGCAGUUACAUGUUGUGCAGUGCUGAUACUUUUACGUUAACCGUGUAUCACUCACUUGUGGUGUGGACUGUGGAAUGAUAUAGGUCUAUAAUUGUGUUAUACAGGUCUCGUAUAAAGGGUCUCUGUUUACUUUAGGUUAUAUACAUCCAAAACAUAGACCUAUUUAGGAUAUUUCAUUUUGAACUGGGUCAUUUGUUUUAUAGAAAGGCACUUCAUUAUCAGUUUCUUGAGAGCAAUAAAGAGUAGAUUGACCUCAGAUAAUUAAGUAUUUGUGAUUACUUUAAGGUAAAAUGUAAUUAAUUAUAUUUAGAAAAGUGCCAGCAUGUUAUGUGUUAGCUUUUUGAAAGCUGAUUUGCGUGUUUAUCUGAUUGACAUAAUUGAAUUAACCCAAUGAGUCCCACUGUAACGCCGGUGCGUUUUGGACUUCUGGGUAGAACCAUUGGAUUUGUCUUGUUUCUGCAUCCGUAGAUACCAACCAUUAGUCUGUGUAAUUAACGGGGGCUGUGCUAGAGCUGUGUUUGUGAGACAAGUGCCGAUCCCAAAGGGGCCCUGGACUGGGUCUUUUUACAAAAACGUAUGUAGUCUGAAAGGUUUGAGCAACAAACUAUUCAAAGAUAUUUAUGAAAAGGUGAGACUCUCACGAACACGUGCAUGUAACUAUGACGCUCAAAACCUACACAAGAGUUGUUAGAAGGUAAGGGGUUGUUCUACAUAGAAGAUCAUAGGAAAUCCCAGGACAUAGUGUCUAUAAUAAGCUCACAUAGUGGCUCUCACAAAAUCCAAAUAGUUGUCAUUUCCCAGUGAGCAUACAAUUUCUGUACUUACAGCAUUCAUAUCAAUUCAUUUGAUCAGGUUUUUGCUUUGGCUGAUAAUUUUUUUUUAAAAACAUUGACAUUAGUCAAUAAAACUCAUGAAUGCAACUGUUUUAUGUCAAAUCGUUUUGUGUUCUACUUGUAGCCCUGGUUGUCCUGAAAAUAACACUCCAUUGUGAGGCUAAAUAUAAGGGCUGGACAUGCAGAUAAAUGAAAGUCAGAUACAUUAAAAGACGAUUUUUGCUGGGGUCGUGGGACUGAUAGGGUUAAUAUUAAUCUUGUCACAUUCGGUUCAGGUGAGAGCACAGUUACAUAGUUAGUAGUGAGCCAUUGUACACUGGAUUUAUUAACUUUGUUGCAAUAUAUUGUUUUAAAAAGUGAAUUACCGCUUUCCAAAGUAAGAGUAAUGUUUUGUUUUUAUGUUAUUUUAAACGUCUUGUAAAAGCAUUGAAUGUUUAACUUUGUAAGAAAUUCAACAUAAAUCACAUAUAGGUUUUGACUGCCUGCACAUGUUUAGUUAAGAGAAUGAAUAGUUAAUGGAUUUUUGGGAGGGUACUCCCAAGUGUUUAAUACAUCAAAAUAAUUAAAUAGCAACUGAUGAACUGA